AUGAGGGAUAACUACCAAAGCAACACCGCCAAGUGCCACCAAGAACCACCGCCGUUUUUGCCGGAUGAACUCAUCUUUCAUAUCCUCCUGUGGCUUCCGGUAAGAUUCCUUCUGCAAUUGAAGUGUGUUUGCAAAUCAUGGAAAACCCUAAUCUCUGAUCCCCAAUUCACAAAGAGCCACCUUCAUAGCAUAACCUUGAAUCCAACCAUAACACAUCAACGAUUAUUUUCUUCUCUUCUUAUCAAUGAACAUUGCAAAAUCGUAUCUUUCCCUAUGAAGCCAUUGUUCGAAAAUCCAUCAGAACAUGCUAAUACUGUUAAGUUCAGAAUGGAACACAGGUUUCGUAUUCUUGGUUCUUGCAAUGGGCUGUUGUGUCUGUUUGAUCUUAAUCAAGGUUAUGUUAAAUUGUGGAACCCUUGUAUCAGAUUCGAAUCCAAAAAAUCUCCAAUUAUUGAUUGUUAUGAUAAAUAUAUGUUAAUCACAUAUCAUGGCUUUGGCUAUGAUCAUGUUAAUGACAAGUACAAGGUGCUAGUAAGGGUGCGUCGCAGCCGUUCUUGUUUUAUUGAAUAUGUGACAAAAAUGUAUACUUUUGGUGAAAAUUCUUGGACAACUAUUCAUGAUUUCCGUGGUACUCCUCCCAUUAGCUGGAUAGGGAAAUUUGUGAGUGGCACUCUAAAUUGGCUAAUAGCUAAAAAAGAUGUUAAUUCUAACCAAACUAUGAUUCUUUCGUUUGAUCUUGAGAAUGAGACUUAUAACGAAGUGUUGCUGCCAAGGUCCUUCAUUAUUGGACAUGAUGCUGGCAAGGUCCUCCAUCCUACUCCUCUGCUUGGUGUUUUGAGUAAUUGUCUUUGUGUGUGUUUUAACUCCAACAAAACUCAUUGGGAUAUUUGGCUGAUGAAAAAAUAUGGAGUUGCCGAGUCCUGGACUAGAUUGAUGAUGAUCCCUCAAAGGCAGUUCCCGAUUUGUGAAAUGUUGUAUUCCUUUGACGACCUUUUGUUCAUUUUAGAAAAUGGUACUGUUCUCGUGGCAUCGCCUUCCAAAUCAAUCUUGUAUAACUUAGAUAAUGCCAGGCUAAAUUAUCCAUCGAUUUUUAAUAAACUUCGGCAAGUUCCACAUAUUUACCAUGCAAGUCUUGUAUCACCGCGAUGCUAA